UUAGUAUCCUGUAUCAUGGGAGCUGCCGAUAAAAGGAAGAUCGGAAAGAUCACUGUUAGAGUUGUUAGCGCAAGUAAUCUUAAAAACAAGGAGUUGCUGUCAAAAAGCGAUCCGUACUGCAAAAUAGAACUCGGAGGAAAAGUACAGAAAACUAAAACGAAGGAAGGUAAACUGAACCCAGAAUGGAAUGAAACAUUUGAAUUCGAGGCUUUUGAGGGGGAUGAGGUGAUAUCAGUCUCCUUGUGGGAUCACAACUCUAUAAAGAGUGACGAGUUUAUGGGAUACUCCUUUGUUGCUUUCGAUGAUUGUUACAAAGAUACUGAAGCUAAAAAGAUCUCGGAACUAAUGGGAGGAACUACAGGCUCGCUCACCGUUCUUGUGACACCACACUUCGAUACUGCUGCUUCUAAGUUCGCUAAACUCGAACACGAGUUAGACAGGAUACACAAUGAAAACGUGUGUGCUAAUUCAAACAACGAUCUGUUGAGAAAAGAGGUGAACAGGAUGUCGGGAGAGAACGACAGAUUUGCAGCUAGCAACGAUAAACUAGAAAGUGAAGUUAACAGACUCGGAGGAGAAGUUGACAAUCUGGCCGUAGAGAACGAGAAGUUUUCCGCUAAUAAUGCAAAGUUGGAGGCAAAUGUUAACCGACUGGAAGGGGAGGUCGACAAAAUGACCGAGGAGAACAACAAGUUUGCUGCCAACAACAAGAAGCUAGAACAAGAGGUCGGUAAGAUGACAGAAGAAAACAACAAGUUUGCAGCGAACAAUGCUAAACUCGAGGGAGAAGUUAACCGGCUGGAGGGUGAAGUGGACAAAAUGGCUCAGGAAAACGAGAAGUUUGCCGCGAACAACAAAAAACUGGAACAAGAAGUCGGAAAAAUGACGGAAGAAAACAACAAAUUUGCUGCAAACAACAAAAAACAAGAGCUUGAGAACGAGAAAUUCGGAGCAAACAACGCUCAACUAACGGCUGAAAUCGGAAAACUGAGCGGUGAACUGAACAAAAUGUCAGAGGAAAACAACAAAUUUGCUGAGAACAACGCCGCUUUGAAAGGACAGGUUGACGCACUUUCUGGUGAGGUGAACAAACUAGGAGAGCUGAACAACCAGCUGGAAGCUACCAAGGAUGCCCUUAAUGCGAGUGUAGCCCAGCUGGAGGGACAGGUUGAUAAGAUGGGUCAUGAGAACGCUAAGUUUGAGGAGAACAACAAACAACUUGAGGCUCAAAUUGGUCAAAUGAAGGAAGAAAUCAACAAGUUCACGAAAGAAAACGCAAAGUUCCAGAAAAACAAUGCCAAGCUCGAGAAAGAAGUUGGGAAAAUUGAAAAGGCAAAUGCCAAGCUCGAGAAAUCUAACGCGAAACUUGAGGGAGAGAUAAAUAGACUGAAGGCAGAAGUAGAAAAAAUGGUGGAAGAGAACAAAAAGUUUGCAGAAAACAACCAAAAAUUAGAAUCUCAGGUGAACGCUCUGGCGGAAGAGAGCGCUAAGUUCCAAGAGAACAACAGGGCACUACAAGAAAACACAGAGAAACUAGAGGCUACCAACAAUCAGCUGUCAUCUAGUGUAUCAGAUUUAGAGGCUCAAGCUGCUAAGUUCAAGGAGAUCUACGUGAAGCUCUCCAAGGAGAACGAGAAGUUGGCUGAAGUUAGGGACGGAAUGCAGGAACAGCUUAAUGGGUUCCAGAAGCUUCAAGAAAUGAUAUUCUCUCAACUGAACGAGAAGAUGAGAGCGAUGGACAGGUCGCUGCUUGAGAAGAUCGCAGCUGACAUUGAAAUGAUGGACCAGGAGCAGGGAUUAUCACCAGAGGAGUUUGAGAAGUUCUUGAAACGUGUUCCUACACAUUUGAAGGAGAAAUUCCAAAAGAUCGCUACCGAGUUCUCUAAAUUCGAUAAGAACCAAGACCAUGUGAUAGAUUCAGACGAGUUCGGAGCGAUGCUUGAUCAAGUCAUGAAGGAAUGUGCCUAAAGGGUCCUUUUUAGUUUUAUAGGUGGGAAAUUGAAAUUAAGGAAUGUAUCUCAAAAAUGGAAAACAGGAUUGUGCAGUUGCAUUUAGUUUCAGCUUACAGAAAUUUUUGACAUUGUUGAAUGUUCAUGAUAUAAUAUGAAAAGUGUAUACGUUUAUUUUGAAGAGCUGGUCUAUGGUUAUUGAUCUAGCUGCGGAGGUAUAAUACAUAAAUAAGUUUUUAAAUUGUAUGACAAUUAGAUUUCGUUUUGUUGCCCGAUGAGUAUACAAUUUUAUUUUUACAACUUUCAGACAUGAUGUCAGAUAAUCCGUUUAUGUUUAUUUUAUGUAAAUAUUUCUUUCACUUUCAUUUCAAAUACA